CCCAGGUGAAGGAGGGCAUGAAGCACAUCAAUGAUCUGGCUCACCAGCUGGCCAUCGCCGAUGUUCAUUUGUCGAUGGAGAACGCCCACGCCCUGGAGCAUCUCAACAGCAGAUGGAAAGUGCUUCAGGGCUCCAUAGAGGAGAGGCUGAAGCAGCUCCAGGAUGCACAUCGAGACUUUGGCCCCGGAUCGCAGCACUUCCUCUCCAGUUCAGUGCAGAUACCAUGGGAGCGUGCCAUCUCGCCCAACAAAGUGCCCUACUACAUCAACCAUCAGGCCCAGACGACGUGCUGGGACCAUCCAAAGAUGACAGAGCUGUACCAAGCGCUGGCGGAUCUGAACAACAUCAAGUUCUCAGCAUACAGAACAGCCAUGAAGCUGCGACGGGUUCAGAAGGCUCUGAGACUGGAUUUAGUGGCGCUGAGCGGCCUUGGUGAGGUGUUCCGGGACCAGGAGUUACAGCAAGGGGAGCACGUGAUGGACGUGGUGGAGGUGAUUCACGGGCUGACGGCUCUGUACGAGAGGCUGGAGGAGGAGAGGUCCAUCGUGGUCAACAUUCCCCUGUGCGUGGACAUGUGUCUUAACUGGCUGCUCAACGUCUACGACAGUGCUCGAAACGGCAAAGUGCGAGUGCUCAGCUUCAAGAUGGGAUUAGUGAGCUUAUGCAACGCCGACGUCCAGGAGAAGUACAAAUACUUGUUCCGUCAGGUGUCUGGUCCUGGAGGUCUGACGGACCAGCGUCACCUCAGCCUGCUGCUGCACGAAGCCAUCCAGAUCCCGCGGCAGUUGGGCGAAGUGGCCGCAUUCGGGGGCAGCAACGUGGAGCCCAGCGUCCGCAGCUGCUUCCGCGUGGCCCCAGGGAAACCUUCCAUCGAGGUGUCUCAUUUCUUGGAGUGGAUGAGCCUUGAACCCCAGUCGAUGGUUUGGCUUCCUGUCCUCCACCGUGUGACUGCUGCAGAGUCGACCAAGCACCAAGCCAAAUGCUAUGUAUGCAAACAGUGUCCCAUCAAGGGCUUCAGGUAUCGCAGUCUGAAGCAGUUCAAUGUGGACAUCUGCCAGACAUGUUUUCUAACCGGCCGCACUACCAAGGGAAAGAAGCUGCACUACCCCAUCAUGGAGUACUACACGCCAACAACCUCGGGAGAGAAGAUGAGGGACUUUGCCAAGACUCUGAAGAAUAAGUUCAGGUCAAAGCAGUACUUCACCAAACACCCGCAGAGAGGAUACCUGCCGGUGCAGUCCGUGCUGGAAGCCGAGAGCUCGGAGACGUGA